CCCCCGUCCCAGGACGGCGACGUCGAGCGGCACCUCUCGCUGCAGCUGCAGGGCGCCCUGAGCGGGGGGCCGGCCCGGGAGGAGGCGGAGGAGGCGGAGGAGGAGGCAGGGGCUGCUGCUGCUGCUGCUGCUGCUGCUGCUUUCCUCUGCCCGGCUGCGGGCUGCGGCCAGACCUUCAGCACCUCGGAGAGCUACGAGCACCACUACGCCCUGCUCCACAGGGAGGUCUGCGCCUCCUGCAAGAGGUCCUUCCCCUCCGCCCACCUCCUGGACACCCACCUCCUGGAGUGGCACGACUCCCUCUUCCGCCUCAUGGCCGAGAGGCGGGACAUGUACCAGUGUCUGGUGGAGAGCUGUGCAGAGAAGUUCAAGAGCAGCAAAGACCGGAAGGACCAUUUGAUCAAAGUGCACCAGUAUCCCGCCGACUUUAGGUUUGAUAAGCCUGUGAAAUCCAAAAGCACAAAAACAAUGACGCCUCCAUCUAGAGACCACAGUGUGCCAAUGGAUGUUAACAUCGAAGCCUGUGAACGUUCACCAGGGGAUGCCAUGGAAACCGGCCCUAGUGAGACUGCAGCGGAUCAGGCCCCCCAGCCUGGGAUGGAGAACACGCCGGUCUCGCCACCGUCUGUGACACAGCUCCCUAGACCCAGGAUCCCGCCCAGCAUCUGCUUUGGGCAAGGGGCCACCCGCGGCUUUAGAAGCAGGAAGAAGAGAGUCUGAGUGUGGACGGUGGUCCCUGCUGCUGCUGCUGCUGCGCGUGGACACUCGUGGCAGGCGCCCAGAAGAUGCGCGUGGGAGGAACGGAGCCUGCGCCUGCGGGGGGGGGGCAGAGUGGGGGCCGGCACAGUCUCCUCUCCAGGGGAGGUUCCUCUUCAGAGGGCCCACGGCCGCCUCCUCUUGCGGCCACCCCGUCUCCAAUCAGGACGUUUCCAAUUAAGAACGGACGGAUUUUGAGGCCAGCGUGGCCACCUCCAGAUGCUUCUGUCCAGAUGCCAGCAUUCACGGCGGCCUUUGGGGCUGACGCCGCACCUGCACGACCUCAGCCAUCCGUGUGCCACAACCGUGCUGGGCCUUAUGAGCCCCUCCCAGUGGCAGGCAGACUAAGGGGGUGAGGCUGAGAGGGGGGGACUUUCUGGAUCGCAGCUCUACUUGCUCUGCCGGGGCAGCAUAAGGGCAGACGCUCACUGGCCAUCCUCUGGAGCUGCAUGGGGGAGGGGGGGGACGGAGAGGUCGGUCGCUCUGAGCAUAAUAGCAGUGCUUCUUGUUAUUACUUGCCAAAAGAAGUUUCCUUGUCGUUUGCCUUUGGCCCCGUGAGUUAGACGUCAGGCAUCUGACGAGGUGAGAGAACAAUGAGGGGGAGGACAGAGUGACGCCAAGCCGCGAGGAGGGGCCGGGUGGGGUCUGUGUCCCCGAUGAUGAAGGCUCCUUUCGCCUUCGAGCUGCGGCCCAUCCCUCCCUCCCUCCCUCCCUCCCUCCCUCCCUGCCUCUUCUUGCACAGCCUUUGGAUGGUGGGUGGAGAGAGAGAGUGGGUGUGGGUUUCAGAUCAUUCUCUGGGGUGGGGGUGGGUAACCCGGGAGAGGAGAGCAGAAUGGCACGUGACUCCCCCCCCCACACACACACACAAGUGCCGCGUGGCCUGCCAUGGGUGGACAGAGGAGGAGAAGGAGAGGUUGGACUUCUACCCCUGGCCCGUUACUCGGGAGUCUCCGAGCGGCUGACAGUCUCCUCCCCCUCCCCACCACUGGCACACCCUGUGAGGCAG